GGUUGUUUUCGGCUCUGAGGAGGUCCCCGCCCAACCUUCAAAAUUUUGUCCAAAAGCAGACAAGAGGAUCGCCCCGCGCUGAGCCGGCUGGUGGGCAGCAGGAGGCGCCUGAUCGCCGCCGGGGCGCUGGGGGUGGUGAUGGUGCUGCUGCUGGUCAUCCUCAUCCCGGUGCUGGUGAGCUCGGCCGGCACGUCGGCGCACUACGAGAUGCUGGGCACCUGCCGCAUGGUCUGCGACCCCUAUGGGGGCACGAAGGCGCCCAGCACCGCCGCCACGCCCGACCGCGGCCUCAUGCAGUCCCUGCCCACCUUCAUCCAGGGCCCCAAAGGCGAGGCCGGCAGGCCGGGGAAGGCGGGCCCGCGUGGGCCCCCCGGUGAGCCCGGGCCGCCGGGUCCCGUGGGCCCUCCGGGCGAGAAGGGCGAGCCCGGCCGCCAAGGCCUGCCGGGCCCGCCCGGGGCGCCCGGCCUGAAUGCGGCCGGGGCCAUCAGUGCCGCCACCUACAGCACGGUGCCCAAGAUCGCCUUCUACGCCGGCCUCAAGCGGCAGCACGAAGGCUACGAGGUGCUCAAGUUCGACGACGUGGUCACCAACCUCGGUAACCACUACGAUCCCACCACGGGCAAGUUCACCUGCUCUAUCCCGGGCAUCUACUUCUUCACCUACCACGUCCUGAUGCGCGGAGGGGACGGCACCAGCAUGUGGGCUGAUCUCUGCAAAAACAACCAGGUGCGAGCCAGCGCCAUCGCCCAAGACGCUGAUCAGAAUUACGACUACGCCAGUAACAGUGUCGUUCUUCAUUUGGAGCCAGGAGACGAAGUGUACAUCAAAUUAGAUGGCGGGAAAGCCCACGGAGGGAAUAACAACAAAUACAGCACGUUUUCUGGAUUUAUUAUUUAUGCUGACUGAUAACGCAGAAACUAAGCUUAUUAUUCUGAGUUUGGACACUGGAUUCGGAUGGCUAACGUCAGUGAAUCAAGGAUCCCAGGGGAUGCCGGUUGCGGGGCACCUCGGUUGUGUAUAUGUGGGGAAUUCAAAUGCUACCUGACUCACAUCUGUAUACUCAGAAACAUUAUGUAAAAAAAAAAAAAAAAAUUAAAAGCAAGAUAAGCAGAUGUGUUAUCCACUACCGCCAAAGCAAAUACUCCUCCUUAUCGUUAGUGUCCAUGUGAAUGAAGUCCUAUAUAGAUCACAAAUUUUUAUAGAAAAAUCUAAGACACUGAAUUAUUUCUCCAAUAUAUAUGAUACUUUGGUGUACUGUGAUCUUGCUGCUUUUAUCCAUAUGUCAGCUUUGGUUCUUGUGAGUUCACCUGCUUAUUAUGAUACUUGGAGUCCAUUCACAGUGUGGGGAGGAUGAUUUUACCCUGCAGGAGAAGGUCUGAUUGAAAUAAUGCUGCUUGUCCCCAAAGAAAUUGUUUGCCUUGUACUUUUGUUAACUUUAGAGCUAGUCCUGGGAAUGAUUCAACUUCAAGCCUUAACCUGGAAUUUUCUGGAUUUGAGGGAAUUCCCAAGCCUAUGAUCAUUUUCACAUUUUCUUUUUCUUACGAGUUUUCUUUUCUCUCUUUUCUGGUGAUAGUCUUUAAAAAUAGAGAUUGAAAUUGUAUCAUAGGAUUACCCUCUAAGUGUGAAAAUGUGUAAUUAUGUAUGGUAUUUAGAAAAUCCCCCGUGUGUCCAUUUUGUCAAUAGAAUGCGUUUAGAUUUACUUAGAAAGUCAGAGAAAUUUAUUCUUUGGUGUUAAAUCAGACUGAGGCUUUUGCCUUCUUUGGAACAAAAGGUUAUUCAUAACCCAAUGCACAAUGGUUUAAUUUGAGCUACUGCAUGAGUCACCAAGGGGACACUAAGUAAGGCCUUCAAAUAGUUGCUACGAGUCGUGGCCCGAGGUUAUUUCAAAAUGAACAAUUUCACAUACAACCAAUAAGACAACAAAGUGUAUAUAUUUUAUACCAAUACCUGCUACAUAUAC